GCUAACGCGCCAGUCGCGUCAAUCCUUCAGGAAAUCUGACUUCGAGUAAAAUUCCAGGUCCAAAAUGUCUCGAGCUAAUGUGUCCUCUGCAAGGCCACUUUCUCUUACUGAAGAGCUUGAGAAAUUGGAGCAAUCUAUUACUCUGACACUUCAAGGUAAGCUUCCUUCCUUACCUUUCUCACGAAACAUCUUCCUUUUACUAACACCGCCUCAGAAAUUGAUCACAACUUUAGUCGAGCGCAUCGUAUUGUUACUACAAGUAUUCUACCUGUCGUUGAACAAUAUGCAAACCAUUCAAAUGCAGUAUGGGAAGGAUCUAAGGUUGGUAGCAAUCUGCCUACAAAAGACUGGAAUGCAACUAAUAGCGGGGUAGUUUUGGAAGCAAUUUUUCGAAGCCAGUGCCAACGUCUCAUUACUUCAAGUAGAGCAGCAGGGGGAGGAGGAGGAUGUUUCGUAUACUCAGUCCCACGAAGACCCAAGUCAAUAUACUGCAUCGCAGAUUGAUGAUGAAACUAUUCGAACAGAAGAUGAUGGUCAUCAUAUUUACGAUCAGGAUGAUUCAAUGCUCGAAGACAACGAUAUUAGUGGUAGCACUCCCAGAGGUCCUCCACGAAAAGAUAGAGAGCCACAAUUUGCGGACUUGUCAUCCCCAUACGAGGACUUAAGAAAGGAAUUUAAAGAUGCGACUUUACAAGGUGAUGAGGAUGAUACACAAUUACCGAGUACACCUGGAGCCAGGCAGAGGAUACCAGAUAUGUCAAUGCUACCAGAUUCAUCUCCAUUCGACCCAACCAUAUAUCGGAUGGACCCGACUUUAUACGAUCUACCAUCAACUACUCAAACGUAUAUACCAUCAACGGCUCAGAAGACAAAAGAUCCUCAGUACCUUAAAAUGCUCGAAAAGAAUUAUCGAAUCCAAGCAACACCACUUACAAACCGAAAAGAAAAGAAGACCCCUGCAAACAAACCCUCAUGGCGAGACAAUCAUUCACCGUUAUCUUCACCACCAGCUGCAGCACCUCAAUUACACGCUGAUAUAUUCAGUUCGCCGAUUAGACAACCAUAUAAGCCGAAUGCACCACGAACACCAGGUAUAAGUGUUCAAACUCCAGCGAAAGGAAAGUCAAAGGAUAUUUUUUCCAAAUCUGUAAAGAAAGAGAAAGAUGAGAUCACAUGGGAAAGUGACAGUGAUGAAGACGCGGAAGAUAUCUACAAGGAACUUGGAAUGAGUCCCCCAAAGACGAUUCAGUUUUCCUUACCACAAUCAAGAUUACUACAAACUCCUGGUAAGCUCUUGACUUUGAUUGAAAAUAUUAGUAUCACAAGCUAACACAAAUUCAGCACGAGAAGCAAGCAAAAGAAUCGUCGAAGAUCUUCUUACCACCGCUGGAGCUGGAUUUGAUAAUACAGACGAAAUGGAUAAUAGUCCAAGCAUAGUCGCAAUGAAAGAUGAUUUUGAUGAUAGUUUUUGAGAAAAUCAGAAUUAUUCAUCAGAAUUUAACAAGGAAUAAAGCCAAUGACCAUAUCAAACAACAACUCAAAUACCGUCUUUCCAUAUGUCCACUUCCAUCGGGAAGGUAUUGUUUCAAAAGUUCCUUGUUAUUAAAAUCAAAAUCUUCUAGUAUGUCGCCCACUAGGAAACUCCUCCAAAAACCCGCCGAAAGAUGUCUCAUCAUGGUCAUAAAAGUCCAAAGCCCAAGGUUCCGCAUGGAAAACACCAUUCAAAGAAAGGAGAAAUCAACCACCGACUAUGUUUAUCUCAUAGCCAUGAUUAGAUAUGUCUCGGUCAGCGAUUGCCUCGCUAUCAAUCCAAUCGAAUCAGCCUUCUUUUUCUCUUAUCCAUAUUACAUCAAAUCAAGCUUUGGAAUGAAACGUACGUGACUUCUCACUCGAAUUCCUGCGCAUAGAAGAGGCAGUUGGAGAUUUCUUGUACGAGUUGACUUCUCCACCUUUUGAAUGUUCCUUACGGGAAAGCUUAGCUUUGAGGGUACCGACUGGAUGUUUUAGAAGGGAAAUGGUGGAGGCGGUGCUGUAGAGCGAAGAAGUGUCGUUUGCGGGAUAUGUGGAAGAGGUGUCCAUGGAUGCUUUUGGAGAGGAAGAUUUGACAGUGUAGGAUCUGGAGGUGGAAUAGGACACGGGUGUUACUUUUUGGGA